GCAAAAUGACAGAUAACGCGCAGGCGAAUGCGCGUACCUGAGCUGCGCAACAACAGCGAGGGUUCCGAAAUGUUUUCACGCACGCAUAGACACCGCGACUGCGGAGUGACCGUGAGCGAAGGAAAUUUCACUGUGAUUACUUUCGCUGCAAACUGCACGUGCUUAAAAUAAAGAUUGCGUUCAGAACCCCUCCGUCAUCACAUCGGCGCAUGCGCGAGAACUGAAUGUUCUUUAACGAAGUUUCACCUUUAAAGGGCAUCAAUUCUCUAAAUUUUCCUUGAAGAUGGCCUACUUUGCUCUUUAAUUUGCGCGGUUGGCAGUCAAUUUCAGUUUUAUUGUUUUAUUAGUUGCAUAAUCUGUCGCUAGGCGCCCCCUGGCUGCCAUUUUGCAUUCAGAACGGCCAGAGCCCAACGACUGGCUCGUUCUUCUCCGCUGCUUCUCCGCUGUGCGUAGUUGUUGGUGGCCUUCCCGAAAGGCAUCUGCCUUGUGUGUGCUGUUGCAUCGUGAAUCAAAAAAAGAAAAGAGUGCUGCUACGCGGCCGUGUGAGUCGCCCCGAAGACCGUCCUGUGCCUGGCCCGACCCGAGGGAUUCGUCCGUGGAAAAUUUUUGGAAACAAAAGACGCAAUCGGGGAGGUGCGAAGAAGCGGACGUCGUUCGUGAUCAAACGGCGCCUGCUACGCGCCGCCGUGGCUGCAGCUUCAUCGUUGUUAGUGGUGUGACGGCGGUGAAGCCCAUCAAACGACUCCCCCCUCAAAAAAAAGAAAGCCAUGGCAGAACGAGCCGACGAGUUGGACUCGUGGAUUACCAAUUGGGAGAGACAGUGCAUCGAGGAAGUCGAACGGGCGCCCGAUCUGGAAAGCCAGAUUCAGAACGAACGCGACACAUCGUCUCAGAAGCUGUGGCUCCUAUUUCAAAACUCGGCUACCUGCGUAGCGCAGCUGUACAAAGAUCGCCAGCACGGAGUGUCAAUGUGGGUUCCCUUCCAAAACGCAGCUUCGAGCGUCACCAAUCUCUACAAAGAGUGCCUGGAGGCCCAGCGGCGGGUGAGCGAGCUGGGCUUCCAGUCGGGCUACCAGCGCCGCAACAAGGACCUGCUGGCGUGGGCCAAGAAGCGCAAGCGUCACAUUCGGCGCGAGGAUCUGCUCGCCUUCCUGUGCGGCAAGGCGCCACACCACCACCACCACUACCACGGCUGGGCCUCGCCCAGGCCACGCCUCUCCCUCGAGCCCCGCGUGGCGGCCACUGCACCGCCGUCGUCGAGGUUGAGCCCUGCCGCCGCCGGGGAGCGCUCGGCCGUUGUGGGGACGGGCGAGGCCGACGACGUAGACCUGGACACGUUCCGCGAGGCGCUGGCCAUCUCGUCAGCUUUGGGUUCGGGCCGGGGCCACAAUGGAGGCAGCGUGUCGCCGCCCGGGUUCCGCACUGCGGCCAGCCUGAGCAGCUUCAUCGCCGAGGAGUUUGCGCGCCACGUUGAGUCACGCAAGCGGACUGCUCCGGGAAGCGCGAGCCCCGGAGAUGUCGUGAUGGACUCGCCAACGCACAAACGGCCACGCCUCAUCUGAGUUCUUCACCACGCGCCAAAAAAAAAUAACAAGUCCCCCGCCGCCGUGUGCCGUCACAGGCUUUCUACCCCACCUGCUUCAGACCAAGUCCUGCAGUCGUGCAGAGACAAAAACCCGCUGCCAAAAAAAAAAAAAGGAAAGAAAAUAAGAAAAAAUCCCCUCCUUCGGAACAGAAGAUCUCGUGAGCGUCGCUUGUCGUCGUCGUCUGCCGCAAAACUGUGUUGUGCAGUCGCAAAGAAAAUGGUUGUUGGACAGACGUCGGAUCUGGUGAUGGCGGUGUAUUGCAGAGGUGGUGGUUUGUCUUCAGACGAGACUGGUUCGUGGAGGCCGUGCAUUGUAAGCGAUCUUGCAGAUGUUGGCGUUCUGUUUUGCGCGGUCGCCGCCUUCGCGAGACCGCGCAUUGACUGUCAAAUGGUCGUGGACGUCGUGCAGACGGCUGGAAACUGGAACCGAGGAUGGACUUCGACUUCGUUGCUAGCUGCUCAGUAGUUUGAUGCGAUUGGUGCAGACCGCAGCAGCCAUGGACAGGAGCCUGCGGCAUAGAGCAUUCGGCAAAAGAAAGUUUCGACGGAAACUGAGCGAGCCGACUGUAGACAGUCUCAUCUGGGAUCGACGCUGUUUAAUCCUGCAACCUCUUGACCGCUUGCCGAACGUCUGUGCCACGUGCUGCGAGCCCAGUUUCUUUUCCGCAGCCCAUGCUCGGUCCACGCCUUUCAGUGGGGCACGUAUUGUCGCACUGACUGUGGCUGUGCAUGCAAAGUUAAAUUGCCGGUGGUGACUGGAUUCGGGGGUGGGGGACAGGAUAGGGAAAAGGUCUCGAGCAGACUUGCACAGACUCUUGUCGGAGGCAGCGUAGCACGAAGAAGUGUGUGACGGCAACAUCUGCGACUGGUUCUUUUUUUUUUUUUUCGGGAGCGAGGUGAAACAUAUGCGCCUUGAAAUAAGAGUUGGAGAGAAGAGGGAAAAGAAAAAUGUUGGCGGUGUCAUGAGAGUGUCUAUUUUUCUGUCGUUGCUGCCACCCAAUGUCUGAUUUGUUUUGUCUUUUUGAUAGGCAAUUUAGUUUACAUCGUAGGUAUGAUGGCGGGAAAGGAGCAAUGUGUUGAGCGUUCUUUCUUUUUUUUUUUUUGCCCGGUUGUUAGACCGGAGCUCAUGGACUGUAUAAUAAUAAGAGAGCAGGCAGACGAAUGUAUAAUGACUGUGCUGCCUUUUCAAAGCUUCGCUAGAAAGAAAAAUCGAGGCACUUUACGCAAGCCCACCGCUACCUGCAUCAAUAUUGAAAAGAACUGUGUCAGAACAUUAUGCAAGACGUGUUGUAUGUAGUAGCAGCCCCACUUUUGUGUUUUUGGUCUUUUUGCAGUUGUGAGUAUCCGGACAUGACCGCCUCAACUUGUGUGCAUGGUUUAAAAAGCAAGCCAUUAUGAUCUUUGGCUUUUCCAAAGUUGAAGAUUAAGGCCACCGCACAAAAUGUUGUGAAACAGAUCGAGGCAGUAAGAAGAAGACUGUUGCAGAUAGGUUGCGAUGCGGCAUUUGCUACGACCCGGUUCAGCUGGAAUGGCGCUGCGAUAGACUUUGUCAUUGUGUGCAUUUUUUUCCCCCCUUGCCUGAACGCAGGGUACAUUUUCCGGUUUGUUGUUGCCCAGUUGUGUAGGAACAAAAAAAAAAUUUUUUUUGUGGCAUCGUUGCAAGAUCUUGAUUUCACCGAGUGUCAUAAACCUCGGGUCCUGCUUUCAAAGCUGGAGCCUUUACAUUUUGUUGCGAGCUAUUGUUUUGUCUGGUUUAUUAGCAAACAAAAAAAUGUUCUUUAUCUUUGCUGAACCAUAGCUCUCGACAAGUGCUGAAGACCACGGUUGCAAUCACAUCCAGCCUGGAAUCGCACGAUACGAAUGAACGGCGAGUAGUUAACUAGUUGAGUUGGCAGUUUUGAUGAUGGAGGUUGCUGUUCACAUUUGAGAACGUUUCGCGGUAGCAUCCGGUCGCCUCGGGAAUUUUUUUUUUAAGCUUUGAGGGGGCUGUUUGGACAGCUGAGCCAGCAAAUUGUCAUGUUAUCAAGAGGGGGAUUUUGGGCUCUCCCACCACCGGCCCACCUGACAAGCACUGAACUUGUGGUGGAUGGAAGUCACGAUUUGCCAUGUUCUUGUGGCUCUUCACACGGCUUGUGCCGUAGCAUUGUACAGACUAUUCCCCGCUCUUUACUAUCAUUUUUUUUUUGCACGCUUCCGUUUCAGUUAUAGAGCUGUGUGUAUUGCUCAGAAUCUGAUUUUUUUUUUUUUUUAGGUUUGUUGUUGUGAAGGAGAGUGGGGUUUUGUUGGUGUGCGAGUAGCGUCUUGUUGCGGCAGCGGGAUGUCAUCGAAGUGCUGGCUACGGACUUGCGUAUGCAAGCAGGUCACACUUGCCCUGCUCAAAGGGCACAGGCCAAUGGCCAGGUGUGUCUAGCAGUGUGCCAAUCAGGGAGAAGGGCUAGAACCGUCGAACGGAUCUUUAACACCUCUGAAAAAAAGACUCAGUCAACUGUCACUUGACGAGCCACAUCAGUGAAAACAACCACGUGAAGCUACAUUCCAUCAAGAAACAAGAAAAUGUUGAAUAGCUUUACUAAACAUGUGGGACAACUCAUCGAGAAGCUGCCAGCUGGGAGGUAGUGGUCGAAGGUGCAAUGUGGCCUUGUUCAGCGAGAAAGUAGCACAGCUUGGCAAUACCACGUAGGUAAACAAAAAGUGGCCCCCCCGGAGUUUGCUGCUUUUUGGUUUUCACUUGACUCGGCAAAGGUGCACUGUAAAGUACUAAAUGUUACUACGUAAAUGGGAGUGCCAAGUAUACACGAUUCUUCCGGCUAAAGUGCUGGCUUGUUCGAGCUCGAAUUGACAGUGGUGUGGGACAUUGCAGUGCGAGCAGUUUAAUACCAUGUUUGGCUGUAUUGCCUGUUUCCUCAAGGAUAGACCAGGCGCGCGCGAUCCCCCGUGGUGGCGCCGGAUGAAAAAACAUUCGGAAGGGAGCCAUCCGGUAUCUACAGGCAAAACAAGUCGUUCUCUGUGUUUCGGAAUUUGGAAUGAGCAUUUCGGUAGACACCCAUUUGUUUAUGCACCGUGAAAGGCACACUGCUCGUGUGCAUCACUUGCAGGCCUCACCGAUGUCCCCAAAAUACCGCAGGAAAACUGGCGAUCACCGUUAAGAGCAGCAUUAAGAACGAGGCAACGCGUAGCCAUCACUUUGAUGUCUUCCUGCGGCUGGUGAAGGAAAGGGUCGAGAUGUAGGAGUUGCCAGCUGCGAUGAUGUUGGCACAGGCUGUGUUGAGGCACUGCAGGAGCUAAACGAGUGGAAAAAAAAUGUUUUCGUUUGUUAUAUAAAGAGGGCAAUUCUGGUCUCUGCCUAUGGUGCACUUAUUUGUGGAGAUGUGUGCUGCAUGUAUGCAUGUAUAUGUGAGAGCUUUUUAUUGCCAGACUAAGUAUAUCAAAAACAAUCGGGCAACCACAUGAAAUUCGUUUUUGAGAUCGCGUAACCAAGCAUCGGCAUGUCUGUUGUAGGGUGCACGACAUCUACACCGUAAAGAUCUUGGCCAAAAUGUGUCUUGCAUGGUUGCAAACUAAAACGGGGACUGCACGGUGCAUGCUUCAUCCAUGACGACAUUGCUAUUGUUCAGCAUGAAACGGUUGCGUUGAGUGUUACAAAAUUUGUUUGGAGAUAUGUUCUGCAUGGUUGCCAAGGGCCAGGCAAGCCCCCCUCCAGGCCGCUGGUGUUGUGCAUGGUUAAUUCAGUUUGGGACAGGUUUUAGUGCCCAUGAGAGGGUAAAUGGACUGAUGGAAAGUAUGAUUUCUUGCAUUUUACACAGCAGUAACAAGUUUCUCGCAUGUCAGCUGGACGAUAAAGCUGAGGUCAUCGGUUUAUUCAAAUCAUUGUUUCCUGCAUGUCAGUUAGAAAAAAAAAAUUAUAUGGAGCAGAUCGCUCUUGGUGCCUGCUACCACAAAUUGUGGCUUCAGUUGUGAUUGUCUCGUGCGUUUGUGAUCUUUCUCAAAAUGAAGUUUCCUGCCAUGCAUUUGAAAGAGAACGAGGUUUCUGGCCGGGUUCGGCUGGAGGCAAAGGCAUUGUUUGCACCUUGCCAAAGCAACCUUUCGUGCAUGUCAGCUAGCGAAAAAACGCAUAUUAUGCUAGCGUAUUCUGAGGAACCUGGCAACCUUGGUUGUCCGUUCUCUCUUUCUCUUCAUUUCUGAAAGCCUUGCGUAGUCUCAAUGCUCCCAUGCCCCUACCGCAGCUGGCAACCUGGUGCUGCCAAAAGAUUGUGUCUGUUUGUGUUCCCAUCAUCGCACCUUUCUGUUUGUUGGGCUGCCAAAGAGAUGCAGUUGCGCAGAGUUCUUGUUAUGUUUGAUAGUGUGUGCCCCAGUGCUUUUUUUAUGUACGGGUCUAUCUUUGUCUGUGUAUAUUUGUACCACACUGUCCUUCAGUUUGGCUUUGUUACGUAGGCUUUGAUGCUGCACUCUACAGCUGAUGAUAAGCCGAGCUGUCGCCUAUUGCAAUGGUGGUAGUCGGCAGAUGAUUCGCGAGCUGUUACGAAGCAAGACUUCACCAUUAAUAGCCAUGCGUGGCAACACUUGGCAAAUGAUUGGCGAGCAUUUAGUAAGGAAGGCUUUGUUAAUAAUAACCCACCACAGCACUUGUGAGCAAAUGAUUGAUGAGCAGUUGGCAAAACAUGCUUUGCCACUAGGAAUUAUGUAUCUUGCUACACUAAUGGCAAGUAAUCGAUAAACAAGACUGCCAUUGAUAAUUAUGCCUGUUGCAAUGCUGCUAGUCGACAGAUCAGCAGGUGAUUGGUGAGCAGUUGCGACGCAAGACUUUUGCCAUUAAUAGCCAUGCAUCGCAACACUUGGCAAACGGUCGGUAAGCAAGGCUUUGCUAUUUAUAAUAACACAUCAAAGCACUGGUUGUCGGUAAAUGAUUAGUGAGCAGUUGGCAAGUAAGACUAUCACCAGGAAUGGCAAAUGUUGCAACACAAAUGGUCAACAAAUGUUGGCAAGCAGUCGUAAACAACAUUUUGCCAUUAAUAACAACACGUCGCAGCACUAGCGGUUGGCACAUGAUUUACGAGCUGUUGGCAAGCAAGACCUUGCCAAUAAUAAUGAUGCACAUUGCAACACUAGUAGCCACCAAGUGAUUGCCAAGCAGUCAUUAAGCAAGGCUUUACGAUUGGUAAUUUGCGUGUCGUAGCACUGCAGUCAGCGAGUCAUUGGUGAGCAGAGUAUCUGUCGGUAAGCAGGGCAUUGCUGCUGAUGAUCACACGUCACUUUAGUACUUGGUAAAUGACCGUCGAGCUGCUAGUAAGCAAAACUCUGCCUUAGAACAACAGCUAGCAGAGAGAGUAAGGAUUCUUGGUUUGAAAAUGGGUGUAGAAAGCACACACUUCAGAGGAAUAAGAUUGACGAGUUUGUGCCAUUCUUCUUGCUCCUAUUGCAUUUGUGUUUUUUCUAUGCCUACCUAUUCAAAUUGUGGAUCAGGACUUUUGCUGUUGAUAAUGACAAAUUUGCAACACUUGCGCCUUGUGUGUCUACUGGGAGCUGACUGAAAUGUGUAGAAUUCGUGCCCGCGGCCACUGUCGUACUCUCUCUGCUUAAAAUAAUAGUGCUGCACUGUCGAUUCUCUGAAAUUUGAGCCAAAAUUGUAUUGCGUGCAUGUUUGGCUCUCAUAACUUGCGUCUGAUCACUGCGGCACAGUGAUAGGCUCUUUUACAUUUGGCCAAGCUGCACUCAACGUUUAGCCUCAGUUUGGAAUCUUCUUGUCGCAAACAGACUUUGAACAGGAAUGAUAUUUGGAAGUUAUGCCCAGGACUGCUUGAGGCUUUGCCUUUGGCUCUUCUCUUUUAAAAAGUAUUGCACGCCAAGCAGUCUUGGAAACCUGAACUCCAAAUUUUAUUGACAAGUGUAUGCAAUUUUUGAACACCAGCAACUCCUGGACUUGUGGCCAUUGUUGGAAGCCGCGUUUGCCCGCAACUUGUAUUGGCAGCCUUUCCUGCAGGUCGUAAUAGUUUUCAAAAGUAAGGAUCAGCAUUGUUGCAGCUUUGCAGUCUGAUGGCCCUGAACUGAGGUUGUUGUCCUGAAGUAGCUCAUGGGUUGGUUGACAGAAGUCCUCCUGUGGAACCCAACUGAGCUGGUUUUGUCUGGCUGCUGCCGCGUGGAAGAGCACUUAUUUCUCGUGGAGAAUGGGCCAGCGCGAUGUAUGAAAUACAUACACUGAACAAACCGGAAACACGACCAACUAUUCUUAAGAGUACGAAUGGUGCCGAAAGUGUCUGCUUAUUCAGCGGUCUCUCCCUCUCCUGAAAGCAGCGCCGAUCACGCUUCAGCCUCGAAGACAAGGUGCCUGUCACUUGCUCACAAAGCAAUGAGAAAUAAACUUCUGACGUAGGUCUGUCUGCAGUCCCACCGCCGAGGACGACGUGCUCAAUUAAUGCAUUGGACGCGCUGCCGACACAUUCGUUGGUCACUGUUUAGUUGGCUCCUCCUUCUCUUGCCAAGGUACUAUAUGCACUAUUUCUCGAUGCAACUUUUCACACGCCCCUCUUCCCUCCCCCAUCUCUUGUUGGAAUUAUUAUUGUAUAUUUUGUAGCAUCGCAGCCGGACAAUUUGUUUUGUCCUCGGCUGACUUCGAUAUGUUCUUGUUUGUUUGUGUUUUCACUUUGACAGCUGUGUACAGGCCGAUGUUAUGUCAUGCUUCUGUACAAAUACACGAGUGCUUGUCGGAGCCAA